UUUAGUUUCCUUUCUCUCUGAAACAAACAGGCCGAGUCUUCCAAUAGCGAACUCAGUCGCCGGCCGACUAUUACAGUUCUCCGUUAGACGAUCGGAGUCGUCUCCGUUCACGAUUACUUUCUUCUCCUCCUCCUCUCUUCGCAUUCCACAGAAGUGUUCCGCAGUUGGAUGACGGCGCUGCAGAACUUACUCUGCACUGUUAUUGCCGCUCGUUCUUCACGUCGUCUCCUUUCCAAGAGCUCUCUUAUUCUCCCAUUUCGUUCCUCCUUCUGUUUCCCUUUGACCAGCCAGAGUCGCCUUGCCGGAUUCGCUUGCCCUGUCUCUAUUUCCACCAUGUCUCAACAUAAUCGGGGAAGAGGUAAGCAUAAUGAAGCGAAUUGGGUACAGAAGCCUGAUCCUCUAGUCCCCUCUUCAAGCAAAGACACAAUAUCAGCUGCUGAAAAUGUGGUGGGAAAUCCUGUCAUUAGUUCUCCUAUUCAGUUCGGCUCUGUUGCGAGAAAAUUUGGAACACAAAGUGGGGGGGCAAAAUUGUCGGCUGAGAAAUCUGCUAAUGAGAAAAGCAUUGGUAAUCUUAGCAAACUGUUUGAUAAUUUCUCAGUUGACAAUUCCACGUACUCCCUUGCCCAAAUAAGAGCGACAUUCUAUCCUAAAUUUGAGAAUGAGAAAUCAGAUCAAGAGAUUAGGACGAGAAUGAUAGAAAUGGUGUCAAAAGGCAUCGCUACUGUGGAGGUGUCACUCAAGCACUCUGGUUCUCUAUUCAUGUAUGCAGGCCAUGAGGGUGGAGCAUAUGCGAAGAACAGUUACGGAAAUAUAUAUACUGCUGUGGGUGUUUUUGUUCUUGGAAGGAUGUUUCGUGAAGCAUGGGGCACCCGAGCCAGCAAAAAGCAAGCAGAGUUCAACGAAUUUCUCGAGAGAAAUCAUAUGUGCAUAUCUAUGGAAUUGGUAACCGCUGUGCUUGGAGAUCAUGGACAACGUCCUCUAGAUGAUUAUGUUGUAGUGACAGCAGUCACAGACUUGGGUGCUGGAAAACCAAAGUUCUAUUCAACUGCAGAGAUUAUAGCCUUCUGUAGGAAAUGGCGAUUACCUACAAAUCAUGUGUGGUUAUUGUCGACAAGGAAAUCUGUGACAUCAUUCUUUGCUGCAUAUGACGCACUUUGUGAAGAAGGAACUGCAACACCCGUGUGUAAAACCCUUGAUGAAGUUGCAGAUAUAUCCAUACCAGGGUCCAAAGAUCAUACAGAAGUACAGGGAGAAAUAUUGGAAGGACUUGUUGCUCGUAUAGUAAGCCAUGAUAGCUUAAAACACAUGGAGCAGGUUUUGAAAGAUUUUCCUUUGCCACCUUUAGAAGGAGCUGGCCUUGAUCUGGGUCCAAAUCUACGUGAAAUCUGUGCUGCAAAUAGGGCUGAUGAAAAGCAGCAAAUAAAAGCUCUUCUCCAGGAAGUAGGGACUUCUUUCUGCCCCAAAUAUUUGGAUUGGGUUGGAAUCGAAGGAAACGAUUCUCAGUCCAGAAAUGUUGACCAAUCUGUCAUCUCAAAAUUUUUGCAAUCAAGUCCAGCUGAUUUUUCCACAACGAAGUUGCAGGAGAUGAUUCGCCUAAUGAAAGAAAAGCGUUUUCCUGCUGCUUUCAAGUUUUACCACAACUUCCACAAAACUGACGCAACGUCUAGUGACAAUGUUCACUUGAAAAUGGUUGUCCAUGUCCGGAGUGACUCUGCAUUUCGUAGAUAUCAGCAAGAAAUGAGGAGGAAUCCUGGCUUGUGGCCUUUAUAUCGAGGAUUUUUUGUUGAUAUAAAUUUAUCCAAGGAUGGAAAACAGAAAGAUACUGAGAAUUUGAGAAACAACAAUGAUCCAGAAAAGUCUGCCCAUGAUAAUGGUUCUGCAGUAAAUGAUUUAGCUGAUGAUGAUGCGAAUUUGAUGAUCAAAUUGAAGUUUCUCACAUACAAGAUUCGAACAUUUUUGAUCCGGAAUGGACUGUCUAUUCUCUUCAAGGAAGGCCCCGGUGCUUAUAAGUCAUACUACCAGAGGCAAAUGAAUAUAUGGAAUACUUCUCCUGGAAAGCAGAAGCAAUUGAGCAACUUGUUGGAUGAAUGGGCGGUAUACAUACGUAGAAAACAUGGGAACAAACAGUUGUCAUCUUCGACGUACCUUAGUGAAGCUGAACCUUUCCUUGAACAGUAUGCAAAAAAAAGCUUGGAGAAUCAGAUUCUCAUAGGAUCUGCUGGAAAUUUGGUAAGAUCUGAAGAUUUCAUGGCCAUUGUAGUAGAUGGAGGCAGGGAUGAAGAAGGAGACCUGGAGACAGAAAAGGCAGCAGCACCAUCAAGCCCCAGCCCUGUUCAUGUGGAUACUGUCCCCAAGGAUGAGGGUUUAAUUAUAUUCUUCCCAGGAAUACCAGGUUGUGCCAAAUCUGCGCUCUGCAGGGAAAUUCUUAAUGCCGCCGGAGGACUCGGAGACGAUCGUCCAAUACAUAGUCUUAUGGGUGACCUUAUUAAAGGAAAAUACUGGGACAAGGUUGAUGAACAACGUAGAGCUAAACCGCGUUCCAUUGUUCUUGCUGAUAAGAAUGCUCCAAAUGAAGAAGUCUGGAUGCGGAUUGAAGGGAUGUGCAGAAAGACAAAAGCAUCUGCAAUUCCUGUUAUACCCGAGUCAGAAGGAACUGAAACAAAUCCAUUCUCUCUUGAUGCAUUGUCUGUGUUCAUAUACCGUGUGCUGCAAAGGGUUAAUCAUCCGGGAAAUCUUGAUAAAGACUCUACCAAUGCUGGUUAUGUCCUUCUUAUGUUUUAUGACCUAUAUGAUUCAAAGAGCCGCGCAGAGUUUGAGUCUGAGUUGAUUGAACGGUUUGGAUCAGUUGUGAAGAUGCCUCUACUGAAACCCAAUAGGAAACCUCUCCCUGAUUCCAUAAAAUCUGUCAUUGAGGAAGGAUUAAGUCUAUACAGCCUUCAUAAAAGGAGGCACAGAAAAUUGGACUCGUCAAAAGGCUCAUAUGCGAAUGAUUGGGUGAAAUGGGAAAGAAAAUUGAGACAGACUAUGUUCAGCAAUGCUGAAUAUCUUGACUCGGUUCAAGUUCCUUUUGAAUCGGUUGUUGAACAAGUUUUGGAACAAAUAAAAACAAUUAUGAAGGGUGAGUAUAAAGCACCUACCUCCGCCCAGAAGAGGACUUUCGGCAACAUUAUUUAUGCAGCUAUUACUUUCCCUGUUUCUGAGGUCAUAAAUCUUCUCAACACUAUGGGAGAGAAGAAUUCGAAAGUUGGAGCAUUUUUAAACAAUGCAAAUAUCGAGACAAGCCUCAAGCAGGCUCAUAUGACACUUGCUCACAAGAGGAGCCACGGUGUUUCAGCUGUGGCUGGUUACGGUCCCUUUGUAGGUCGAGAAGUCCCUGUGGGUGUGAAAGCUCUUGUUUUCAAUGAUAAAAUGGCUGCCCUUGAAACCUUGCCAGGAUCGGUUGAUGGAGAAACAAUACUUUCGAGAAACGAUUGGCCACAUAUAACAUUAUGGACUGCACAAGGAAUCCCUGCAAAAGAAGCCAACACUUUGCCACAACUGCAUUCCAAGGGAGAGGCGACACGAGUAGAUAUUGACCCGCCUCUCGAUAUAACCGGUGUUCUUGAAUUUCAUUAGGUUUUGAACUUGAAAGAAAUGUCGUUUGACAUUUACUUAUGGGAGUUAAGUAGAGUGAAAUUGUCUUUUUUGGUGAAAAUGUGAGAGGUGUAAGCUCUAUAGCAACAUUAGUUGAUACAUAUGGGGUCAUGAUUUUGGGUUUAGGGUUCAUGACAAGCUUAAAAUAUAUAUAACAUCUUUUGUUAUGGUAUAUAUUUUUGUAUUAUUAAUUUAUGACAAAUUUAUGCUAACCCUCUAUUUGGAAACAACAAGAUUUGAUCUGAGUUUGAACAAAAAUAAAAAUAAAAUAUUUAUUUGAAUU